CACAACACACACCCAACCUGGAGAAGAGCAUCAUGACUCAAAUCUGACGUGACGUCAUUUAAAGCGACGAGAUUGUGUUUGUUUGUUUGUUUGUUUGUUUUUAUGAAAGGGGGACAAGAAUAAAACCUCAAAACAAGGAAAAUUAAUUGCUUUCUAAAAUUGUUAAGCACUGUUGCAGUCAUGCCAGCAGCAAGGAAAAUAAGGAAGCCUGAUAUUAAGGUGGUCAUCUUGGGAGACAUGAACGUUGGGAAGACAUCUCUCCUCCACAGAUACAUAGAGAGGAGCUUUAAAGACACCCUGAGCACAGUUGGAGGAGCUUUCUUCCUAAAGCAGUGGGGCCCCUACAACAUCUCCAUAUGGGACACAGCAGGUCGUGAGCAGUUCCACGGUCUGGGCUCGAUGUACUGCCGUGGUGCGGCAGCCAUCAUCCUGACAUAUGAUGUGACCAGCUGGCACAGUCUGAUUCACCUUGAGGAACGGUUCCUGUCGCUUACCGACUCGGCCAACAGAGACUGUGUUUUUGCUGUUGUAGGCAACAAGGCUGAUCUGACCAACCCGUGUGCCCAGAUCCCUACCACCGAGGACACCCCAGCUGGCCCCACCCCUCCAUACACACCUACUGUCCACAAACAGGUGGCACGGGAAGAUGCUGUGGCGCUCUACAACCGCAUAAUUCGCUACAAGGCACUUGAGACACACAUACUCCCGUGUGCUGAGGAUGUGUGCUUCGAGACAAGUGCAAAAACGGGCUACAACGUUGAUUCACUGUUUGAGACACUGUUUGAGCUGCUGUUGCCAUCCAUCACCAGGAAGCAGGUGCAAACGCAGACCGAGUCAGCUACUGUGUGUUUGGAGGACUGUCAGGACGGAGAGAAGAAAAAAAGUCAAUGUUGCGCAUGAAGAACAGGAAUACUAGUAGAUGCUUAAAAAUUUCAGUCAUCUGGCUUUCUAUGAAUAAUUAAUAGUAGUAAAUCAAAGUGACAACUUUAUUAAACACGUCUUGAAGACUUGUUACCACAGAAGAGUGACAGAGUCUUUCUAGCUAAACCCCAGCUGCCUUGACUUUGUGAUGCUCUAGCUUGGCCAAAAACACAAUCUUUACAUGAAAACCAUGACCACUGACCUCAGUCCUGUACCUGGGGUCAGUGAUGGUGGUUUAUGUUUUAGCAUGUAGAUCACGUUUUCUGACACAUUUGCUUGAUGUUUGAGUCUUUGGGGAAGUGAAUGUGAGGAAGAGAUUUUGGGGAGUCAUGGUAGAUGCUAGCUCUAGCUUGGCCUCUUUACACCAAAAGACAUUGUUACCAGGACUUAAGUAAUACUCAAGACUGCGGAUUUCAGAUCAGCCUGAAAAGGCCACAGUCUUUCACGUCACUGUGGUUUAUGUCAGAAAAUUCUGUUUGUGUGUGUACUGUUAAGUUUGUUCUUUACCUUCUCUGCCUCUGAUGAUCAUACUGUGCAGCAGAUUCUAUGGUAGCACUUAUAAGCUUGGAUGUGUGCAAAACACGCUUUGGUGUCUGUUGCGGUACAAAAUUAUUUGGACCAAAUUCAACUUUUGUAACUCUACUGUGAAAACAACUUGUAUAAUUUUACAUAUUUGCAAACUGAUUUACUGUAUUAUAAAUUAAAAUAAAGGAUGGUUAAAUUA